AUGUUUAGAUUUUUAUUUGUAAUCAUUGUAAUAUUAAUUGCAAUUUCGGGUAAUAGUAUUGUUUCCUCAAAUGAAGUUGCCCAAUGUGAUGUUUGUAAUUAUUUAGUAACAAUGGUAGAAGUUUUCGUUGAACAAAAUAGAAGUGAAACUUAUAUUUCAAACUCUCUUGAAAAAGUUUGUGAAAUCAUUCCAAGAGAAGAUUAUAAAUCAACUUGUAGAUCAAUUGUUUUAGCAUAUACAAAAGAUAUUAUUCAAUUAAUUAUUAAUAGAGAACCAUCAGAAAAAAUUUGUCAAGAGAUUAAAGCUUGUCCAAUACCAACCCCAUCUCCAUCGCCAUCCAAACAAGUUAAACCAAAAAGAAAUGAAGAUGAUGCUCUACAAUGUACAAUUUGUAAAUUGGUUGCCACUAAAUUAGAAGAGUACAUUCAAUCAAAUAAAACCAUUGAAGAGAUUGAAAAUGAAUUGGAUGAUUUCUGUAAAAUUGCUUUUGAAAAAGAUCCAACCCAAUGCCAAGGUUUUGUACAACAAUAUGUUCCAAUGAUUUUAUCUUUUAUCAAGAGUAAAGAGGAUCCAACUCAAGCUUGCAUUAAAUUAAAAUUCUGUACAUCUUCAAGAGUAACUAAAGCAAUUCUUAGUCAUCAUGUUUUGAUUAAUAAGAAUUAUUAA